GUCAGCCGGCUCCUAAAGCUGUGCACGGGGGUCUGUGUGCUGUUGCUGCUGCCACAGCUGGAACAUCUGGAAGUGUUCAGUGUGUCUGUCUGUCUGUGAGAGCGCGCGCGCUAGGGAAGUGAGUGUGCUGAGGGAGGGGAGGGAGUGAGGGGCUGGGACUAUGCUCUCUCUCCCUCUUCCUCUGCAGAAACAGCUCUCUGCCAACAGAACGCGCUCAGAAUGGCUUUGAAGAGGAGCAGCAACCUUUGAACAUCUCCCCCGCCCCCGCCUCUUUUUCUUUCUGUUGUAACUGAUGGAUUUUAAAAAAAGACAUUUAACCCUUUGAGAUUUGUCCUGGAUGCUUUUUUUCGUUUCCCCCCUUCUUGCUCUUUUUUUUUUUUAAAUGGUUUAGCAGCCAGAGGUGCUGUGCUAAAUUCUUGGAAGGGGCCCGGAUGUACUGAGGAUGCAUUGCAAUUUCACUAAAGGAGGCAGUAGUGGAAAGGAUCAGUUUUUGGUGUUUGAUGCAAUAAUGGGAAUCAGGUAAUAAUAAAAGGGCAAAUACUGCAGCUCCAUUCUUCCUUGAAUUUUACCAAGCCGAUAUUUGGAGGGAUUAAUCUGGACUCAUUUUAAAUGGUCAAUGAAAACAAGAGGAUGUACAUUCCAGAAGAAAACCAUCAAGGUUCCAACUAUGGGAGUCCCCGUCCAGCUCAUGCCAACAUGAAUGCCAACGCAGCUGCAGGGCUUGCCCCAGAGCAUAUCCCUACUCCAGGGGCAGCUCUGUCAUGGCAGGCUGCUAUCGAUGCUGCCAGGCAGGCCAAAUUGAUGGGUAGUGCUGGCAAUGCAACAAUAUCCACAGCUAGCUCCACGCAGAGGAAACGACAGCAGUAUGGGAAACAGAAAAAACAGGGUACAACCACAGCUACACGUCCUCCCCGGGCAUUGCUGUGUUUAACGCUGAAAAAUCCCAUCCGGAGGGCAUGCAUCAGCAUCGUCGAAUGGAAACCAUUUGAAAUAAUUAUUUUACUGACUAUUUUUGCCAAUUGUGUGGCCUUAGCUAUCUAUAUCCCCUUUCCAGAAGAUGAUUCCAAUGCCACCAAUUCCAAUCUGGAACGAGUGGAAUAUCUCUUUCUCAUAAUUUUUACGGUGGAAGCAUUUUUAAAAGUAAUAGCAUAUGGACUUCUCUUUCACCCCAAUGCUUACCUCCGCAAUGGCUGGAAUUUACUAGAUUUUAUAAUUGUGGUGGUAGGGCUUUUUAGUGCAAUUUUAGAACAAGCAACCAAAGCAGAUGGGGCGAAUUCAAUAGGAGGGAAAGGUGCCGGAUUUGAUGUUAAAGCACUGCGGGCUUUCCGAGUGUUACGCCCCUUACGACUGGUAUCUGGAGUUCCUAGUCUCCAAGUGGUUUUAAAUUCCAUUAUCAAGGCUAUGGUCCCCUUGCUGCACAUUGCCCUGCUGGUGCUGUUUGUCAUAAUUAUCUAUGCCAUCAUUGGACUGGAGCUAUUCAUGGGGAAGAUGCACAAGACCUGCUACUUAGUGCAAGGCGGAUUACCGGAAGAGGACCCCUCUCCUUGUGCUCCUCAAUCAGCGCAUGGACGGCAGUGUCAGAAUGGCACUGUGUGCAAAGCAGGAUGGGAGGGGCCCAAGCAUGGCAUUACCAAUUUCGACAACUUUGCCUUUGCCAUGUUAACUGUGUUUCAGUGCAUCACUAUGGAGGGCUGGACAGAUGUCCUUUACUGGAUGCAGGACGCUAUGGGCUAUGAGUUACCAUGGGUGUAUUUUGUCAGUCUGGUCAUCUUUGGAUCCUUUUUCGUUCUAAAUCUGGUUCUUGGUGUGUUGAGCGGGGAGUUUUCCAAAGAAAGAGAGAAGGCAAAGGCUCGGGGUGACUUUCAGAAGUUGCGGGAGAAACAACAGCUGGAGGAAGACUUGAAGGGGUACCUGGAUUGGAUAACUCAAGCAGAAGACAUUGAUCCAGAAAAUGAAGAUGAAGGCAUGGAUGAGGAGAAGCCCCGAAACAGAAGCACUCCUGCUGGCUUGCCUGAUAAGAAGAAAGGGAAGUUUGCUUGGUUUAGUCACUCCACAGAAACCCAUGUGAGCAUGCCUACAAGUGAGACUGAGUCCGUGAACACAGACAAUGUGGCAGGAGCAGAUAUUGAAGGAGAAAACUGCGGUGCUAGGCUGGCGCAUCGGAUCUCCAAAUCUAAGUUUAGCCGCUACUGGCGCCGGUGGAACAGGUUCUGCAGGAGGAAGUGCCGAGCCGCUGUCAAGUCCAAUAUUUUCUACUGGCUGGUGAUCUUCCUUGUGUUUCUCAACACCCUUACCAUUGCCUCUGAACAUUACAACCAGCCAGACUGGCUCACAGAGGUCCAAGACACUGCCAAUAAGGUGCUGCUAGCUCUUUUCACGGCAGAGAUGCUGCUGAAGAUGUACAGCUUAGGUCUCCAGGCCUACUUUGUAUCUCUCUUCAACCGCUUUGACUGCUUUAUUGUUUGUGGAGGAAUCCUGGAGACCAUCCUGGUGGAGACCAAGAUCAUGUCACCGCUGGGCAUCUCGGUGUUGAGAUGCGUCCGCCUCCUGAGAAUAUUUAAAAUCACAAGGUAUUGGAACUCCUUGAGUAACCUAGUGGCUUCACUGCUGAACUCAGUCCGCUCCAUCGCUUCCCUUUUGCUGCUUCUCUUCCUCUUCAUCAUCAUCUUCUCGCUCCUGGGAAUGCAGCUCUUUGGGGGCAAGUUUAACUUUGAUGAGAUGCAAACCAGGAGGAGCACGUUCGAUAACUUCCCCCAGUCCCUCCUCACUGUGUUUCAGAUCCUGACUGGGGAGGACUGGAAUUCGGUGAUGUAUGAUGGGAUCAUGGCUUAUGGCGGCCCCUCUUUUCCAGGAAUGUUGGUCUGUAUUUACUUCAUCAUCCUCUUCAUCUGCGGAAACUAUAUCCUGCUGAAUGUAUUUUUGGCCAUCGCUGUGGACAAUCUUGCCGAUGCAGAGAGUUUGACAUCUGCUCAGAAAGAAGAGGAAGAGGAAAAAGAAAGGAAAAAACUAGCUAGGACCGCUAGUCCUGAAAAGAAACAGGAGAUUGAGAAACCAGCUAUGGAGGAGGAGACAAAGGAGGAGAAAAUUGAGCUGAAAUCGAUCACUGCUGAUGGAGAGUCCCCACCUACUACCAAGAUCAAUGUGGAUGAUUAUCAGCCCAAUGAAAAUGAAGAGAAGAACCCAUAUCCUACUACAGAAGCUCCAGCAGAGGAAGAGGAGGAGGAGCCUGAAAUGCCUGUCGGCCCUCGGCCACGCCCAAUGUCUGAACUGCACCUCAAAGAGAAGGCUGUGCCCAUGCCGGAUGCCAGUGCUUUUUUCAUCUUCAGCCCUACCAACAGGUUUCGUCUCCACUGCCAUCGAAUCGUUAAUGAUAACAUUUUCACCAACCUGAUCCUCUUUUUCAUCUUGCUCAGCAGCAUCUCCCUGGCAGCUGAGGACCCUGUCCGACACUACUCCUUUAGGAACCAAAUCCUAGGCAAUGCAGACUAUGUCUUCACUAGUAUCUUUACAUUAGAAAUUAUUCUUAAGAUGACCGCAUAUGGAGCUUUCCUCCACAAAGGCUCCUUCUGCAGGAACUACUUCAACAUCCUAGACUUGCUGGUGGUCAGCGUGUCUCUCAUCUCCUUUGGGAUCCAGUCCAGUGCCAUCAACGUAGUGAAGAUCUUACGUGUCCUGCGAGUGCUCAGACCGCUGAGGGCCAUCAACAGAGCCAAGGGACUAAAGCACGUGGUCCAGUGUGUAUUUGUAGCCAUCAGAACCAUCGGAAAUAUUGUGAUCGUCACCACUUUGCUGCAGUUCAUGUUUGCCUGCAUUGGAGUUCAGUUGUUCAAGGGCAAACUGUAUAGCUGCAGCGAUAGCUCCAAGCAAACAGAAGCAGAAUGCAGGGGGCAUUAUAUUUCGUACAAAGACGGAGAGGUCACCCACCCAAUGAUCCAGCCCCGCAAUUGGGAGAACAGCAAGUUUGACUUUGACAACGUCUUGACUGCCAUGAUGGCACUCUUCACUGUUUCAACCUUUGAGGGCUGGCCAGAGCUACUGUACAAGUCCAUUGAUUCUCACAUGGAGGAUGUGGGACCCAUCUAUAACCACAGGGUGGAGAUCUCCAUUUUCUUCAUUAUCUAUAUCAUCAUCAUUGCUUUCUUCAUGAUGAACAUCUUCGUUGGUUUCGUCAUUGUCACGUUUCAGGAACAAGGAGAGCAGGAAUACAAGAACUGUGAGCUGGACAAGAACCAGCGCCAAUGUGUUGAGUAUGCCCUGAAGGCCCGCCCCCUGCGGAGGUACAUCCCUAAGAACCAGUACCAAUACAAAGUGUGGUAUGUGGUGAAUUCCACCUAUUUUGAGUACCUGAUGUUCGUUCUCAUCCUGCUGAACACCAUCUGCCUGGCCAUGCAGCACUAUGGUCAGAGCUGUCCCUUCAAACAAGCCAUGAAUAUCCUCAACAUGCUCUUCACGGGUCUCUUCACCGUCGAGAUGGUUCUGAAACUAAUUGCCUUCAAACCCAAGGGUUACUUUAGUGAUCCUUGGAAUGUUUUUGACUUCCUCAUCGUAAUUGGCAGCAUUAUAGACGUCAUUCUCAGUGAAACUAAUCCAGCUGAACAUACCCAAUGCUCUUCCUCUAUGAAUGCAGAGGAAAACUCGCGCAUCUCAAUCACCUUUUUCCGACUCUUCCGUGUGAUGCGUCUCGUGAAGCUCCUGAGCCGUGGGGAGGGCAUCCGGACAUUGCUUUGGACCUUCAUCAAAUCCUUCCAGGCUCUCCCCUACGUGGCUCUUUUAAUAGUGAUGUUAUUCUUCAUCUAUGCAGUGAUUGGAAUGCAGGUGUUUGGUAAAAUUGCUCUGAAUGAUACCACGGAUAUCAACCGCAACAACAACUUUCAGACGUUCCCUCAAGCAGUGCUGCUACUCUUCAGGUGUGCCACUGGUGAAGGCUGGCAGGACAUCAUGCUUGCGUGUCUGCCAGACAAGAAGUGCGAUCCCGAGUCAGAGCCAACCAACUCUACUGAAGGCGACCAUUCCUGUGGGAGCAGCUUUUCCAUCUUUUAUUUCAUCAGCUUCUACAUGCUCUGUGCCUUUUUGAUUAUCAAUCUUUUUGUAGCUGUUAUUAUGGAUAACUUUGACUACUUGACGCGGGACUGGUCCAUUCUGGGGCCACAUCACCUUGACGAGUUUAAAAGGAUCUGGGCAGAGUAUGACCCUGAAGCCAAGGGACGGAUCAAACACCUGGACGUGGUGACGCUGCUCCGGCGGAUUCAGCCUCCGCUGGGCUUUGGGAAGCUCUGUCCUCAUCGAGUGGCUUGCAAACGCCUAGUCUCUAUGAAUAUGCCACUGAACAGUGAUGGGACUGUCAUGUUUAAUGCCACCCUCUUUGCGUUGGUCAGAACAGCACUGAGGAUCAAAACUGAAGGUAACCUGGAGCAAGCCAAUGAGGAGCUGCGAGCGAUCAUUAAGAAAAUCUGGAAGCGCACCAGCAUGAAGCUGCUGGAUCAGGUUGUGCCCCCGGCAGGUGAUGAUGAGGUGACAGUUGGGAAGUUUUAUGCCACUUUCCUAAUCCAAGAGUAUUUCCGGAAAUUCAAGAAACGUAAAGAACAAGGCCUCGUGGGCAAACCCUCACAGCGGAAUGCUCUCUCCUUGCAGGCCGGGUUGCGCACAUUGCACGACAUUGGGCCAGAGAUCCGACGGGCGAUCUCCGGAGACCUGACAGCCGAAGAAGAGCUAGACAAGGCCAUGAAAGAAGCUGUUUCUGCUGCCUCUGAAGAUGAUAUCUUCAGGAGGGCUGGUGGCCUGUUCGGAAACCAUGUCAGCUACUACCAAAGUGAUGGCAGGAGCUCAUUCCCCCAGACAUUCACCACCCAGCGCCCUUUGCACAUCAAUAAAUCUGGCAACAACCAGGGAGAUACGGAGUCCCCGUCACACGAGAAGCUAGUGGAUUCCACCUUCACUCCCAGCAGCUACUCGUCUUCGGGCUCCAAUGCCAACAUCAACAAUGCCAACAAUACUGCCUUGUCCCGCUUUCCCAGCCCACCCAGCUACCCAAGUACUGUCAGCACGGUGGAGGGGCAUGGCACACCCUUGUCACCCACCAUACGAGUGCAGGAGGCCCCUUGGAAACUCACUUCCAAAAGGACACAUUACUAUGAAACAUUGGGACGCUCCAGUUCCAGAGACAGCCAGCUGGCAAUCGUUUGCCAAGAAGAAGUGUCUCAGGAUGAGAUUUAUGAUGAGAAUUUGAAUGAAGACCUAGAGUACUGUAGCGAACCAAGCCUGAUCUCUACUGAAAUGCUGUCAUACCAAGAUGAUGAAAACAGACAACUGACUCCACCUGAAAACAACAAAGGGGAGGGCUCCAAGCUGUCUCCAAAGAGUGGAUUUCUUCGCUCUUCAUCACUGGGUCGAAGAGCAUCUUUUCACUUAGAGUGUCUGAAGAGACAGAAAAACCAAGGUGUAGAUGUCACACAGAAGACAGUUCUGCCAUUGCAUCUGGUACACCAUCAGGCACUAGCAGUGGCAGGGCUGAGUCCCCUGCUCCAGAGAAGCCAUUCCCCAACAACGUUCUCCCCCCGGUUGUGUGCCACGCCCCCUGCCAUGCCCUGUAGCCGUGGCUGGCCACAGAAGACCAUCCCGACUUUACGGCUUGAUGGAGUGGAGUCCGGUGAGAAACUCAACAGUAGCUUCCCAUCAAUACACUGCAGCUCCUGGUACUCUGACAGCACCAGCUGCAGAAGCCCUCGGAGAGCCAGGCCAGUCUCCCUCACCGUCCCGAGCCAGACUGGGGGGAGCAGCAGGCAGUUCCACGGCAGCGCUGGCAGCCUUGUCGAAGCGGUCUUGAUUUCAGAAGGACUGAUGCAGUUUGCUCAAGAUCCAAAGUUCAUUGAGGUCACAACCCAAGAGCUAGCAGAUGCCUGUGACAUGACAAUAGAAGAGAUGGAAAAUGCAGCAGACAACAUACUCAACGGUAACAGCAAGCAGAGCCCCAAUGGCAACCUCUUGCCUUUUGUUAACUGCAGGGACCCAGGGCAGGACAGUGCAGGAGAGGAAGAGGAAGAGGUGCAGAACCCGGAUUGUAGAAAAAGUCAGGAGGAGCUCCAGGACAGCAGGAUUUAUGUCAGCAGCCUGUAGUUGCCAGGGCUGAAGCGAUGCUGGUUUUUUAUUUGUUUCAAUGUUCCUAAUGGGUUUGUUUCAGAAGUGCCUCACUGUUCUCGUGACCUGGAGUAACCGGAACAGCGUUCUUCAUUCAUUUCUGUUGGGACGAGCCGCAGAGUUGGGUGGUGUAAGAGAGCUUUUCAGGAGCGAAUACAACCCCAGCAUGUGUCCAUGAGGAGGAGGAAGAGGUGGUGGAGGAGAGCCAGCUCCUGCUUGUUCUCAGUCGCUGCACAAGGAACGACGGCUGCUUCCUGAAUGCAAAGGAGAACCUCAGCUUCCUGUGGAUGGCCCUCGCCAAAAGGACCCUGCAUCAAACGGGUGUCUUUCAACUUUGCUUGUAAAAAUCAUUUUGCACAUAUUCUGUAUGAGCCUCACCGUCUCCAUAAAGCCAAGGCCCUUUUGAUUUGGAAUAGAAUGAUGGACUUCUUCUCCUGUGGAUUCCAGUACCUUGUUGGGGAGGAGGAAGCAGAAGAAGCCUUAGGGGACAUGAGAGGCAAAUGGCGACACUGCAGGAAGGCUUGUUGACAGAAAAUGCAGAGACUCCCAGGCAGUGGUCUCUGCCAACCAAUCAGAGCUCAGGUAGCCAUGUCUGCCAACCAAUCAGAGCUCAGACAGCCAGCUGUGCCAACCAGUCAGAGAGCAGGUAGCAAGCUCUGUCAAGCAGAGCUGAGGCAACCAGCCCUUUUCUAAGUGAGGUGGUGAUGGGCUUAUGUAGAUCUCUCCUUAUUUUUGCAGUUUGAUAUUUUCUUGAAAGCAUGUUCCAAUUUUUAUUUUGAAUAUUUUUGUUUUGUUUUGGAGGGAGAGGGGAGAAAGGAGCGUUUACAAAGUUUUGUAACCACCUACCCUUUUUGUUUUGUUUUGUCUUCACCUUUGCAAAUGUUAAAUUGGUUUGGUUACAUUGUAUUAUUUAAACUAUUUUUUCUCCAUUGAAAUUCGGUAGAAGCUAUAAUGAUAGAAGAGUUUUAUCAACCAUUAUGUACACCAAGAAUUUGUAAUUUAAUUUGAUAGUAAUUGAAAUCUCCUUUUUUUGUUGUUGUUUUAUAAUUUAAAGAUAGUAGGCAAUGCACUUGAUAUAGUCUUGCACAUUUGAGUGAUUGAUUUGGAUUCUUUUUAGUGCUAGGUAUUUUUGUGAGUGAGUAUGUGAGCGGCCCUGAGUGAGCGUGUGUGUGUAUGAGUGCAUACAGUUCUCCACUUCCUGGUUUUACCUUCAGGAGAUCUGUAUCUGGGGCCAUUUGAAUGCAAAAACAAACCACUGUCUCUGCUUUUCAAAGGGGAAUCAGUAACUCUUUGCAUUUUCUGUUCCACAAGAUAUGCAAAAACAAUGCAAUAAUAUUAAUUUUAAAAUACAAUUGUGAGUUGUGUUGGCAUUAAAACUGUAUAGAAACAAAAUUAAGGGGAAAAACAAACAAAAGUGAGAAGGAGUUAUGCUUCGAUAUAUUCCGUGUGAUGUUUUAUUGCAUUGAUAAUGUUUCUGUUGAAGAAACCGUAAUACUUGAAUUCAGGUCAGUUUCAGUAUUUUUCAAAUAUUUUUUUAAAAUGAAUUGCAAUUGUGCCAAGCGAAUAUAAUGAAUUGAAUUAAGUUUGUUUUAAAAGAUCACUUCUUGUAUAUUUUGCUGCAUGUAAAGUAAAUCAUUUCGUAUUUGGAGUGUGCCAAGCUUUACCUUUGAACUUUUAAGUGCUUUUCUACGUGUGGUUGGGGAAAUGGGUACUAAAUAUUUUUUUUCAUUUUUUAAUUUGUACAAUGAACAAAGUGUACCUAGUGUAAGUAACUAGUCUGCAAUCCACUGACAGGUUGAACGUUACUGAUUUUGCAUAUCUUGUGUUCACUUUCCUUUUUCCUCACUCCCUUAAACAUGCACAAUUAAUUUCUGAAUAGACUAUCUUGCUUCCUGAAACCAGGACAUUUUAUCCAGUCUUCAUCCUCUUCCCUGUGCUCAGAUUUUCUCAAUAUUUCUUCUCACUAGGGUGGCAAAAUCCAUAUGCCAAGCAGAUCGGAUAAGAUUUCUAGGAACUCAGCUGGCACCAGCAACUCUGGGGGGAUGGAAUUGUAAUAGGUAAUUUCAUAUUUCUUUCACUGAAUCUCUAACUCUCAUCAGUAAUAGAGUUUCCUGGGGUACAUGACAGGCAAAUGUGAGAGGCAGAGUUAUUAGCUAGGGAAAAUAAUCUAGCUCUGCCCUUAACUGAUAUUCCAGAGUAAGUGAGGUGAAGAGUUCUGAGUUGUUACUCAAGAGAAUUGCUCUGGUACUGCUCUCAGCUGGAGACACUGAGGGUUAGUGACAUGAGCCCAUAUUUUGCACUCCAGUGUGCAAUCUCAUCAUUCUCUUCAUACCUGAGUUUAUGGGCCAGGUUCUGGGCCUCAGUCAUACUGCUUUAAAUCUGGCAUAACUCCACUGAAGUCAAUGGCACUAUGUCUCCCGCCCAAUCUUGUUAUUCACUCUGAACUUCCUCUUCUCCCUCCUCCGCCUGGCACUUGUCUCUUACUAGUGACAAACCAGAAGAGAAUUGUAGAUCUUAUGCAAUUUGCUGGGUUUUCCUUGGAAAUGGAGUCUUCAUUUGGAAUCUUGGCUGUCUUUAUCUAAAACUCACAAGUUUUGCUCCAUUUUCCAGAUGGAUCCCAGAGUUGCAGAUCAGUACUGAAUAAAGAAGACUGAUCUGACUCAGGAAAAUCAGAACCAAACUUUCAUCCAAAACUUGAGCUUAUUCUGAGAUCUGAAAAUGUUAAGUAUAUUAUGUAUAUUGUUUAUAGUUUCAUGCACAUCUGUACUUUCCUGCUUUUGAAUGGGGCCUAAAGGAGAAAUAACAAAGGGAUAUAUUUGGUGGUAUUGUAUUCCCAGUGGUAUUAUAAAGUGGCCAACAGCACUUCAAUAUGUCCUGGAUAUUUUACAAGGCAAAGCCUCUUCUCACAAGAUUUUCAGCCUAGUUAUUGAACCAAAGAAGCUUGCAGCAGUUUAGCUACGCAUGGGGGGAGGCGGGGGUCAAAGUCUUGAAAUCCUUACUCAAGACUUACCUAGGCAAAAUUAUGCAUAGACAUCAAUCAGCCCAGUACGGAGCAUUUUUACUGGUUCUUUACGGAGACAAACGCUCAUGGAGUUUUGCCUAUGACUUGCAUGUGGAUUCGGGAUUUUACUUAUCUGAUCCAAAUCAAACCUCCAAACCUUUUGAAGGUUCUCCAUUUUUAGUGCUGUGAUGCAUAGGUCCAGUGCUAUUGAAAAUGAAGUACCCCCACUCCUAGUCACCUAUUUCUGAGAGGGAGUCAGGUGGUAGCGUCUCCCUAACUCAUUCUUUUUUACUGAAUAGUUCCUUUGAUGCAAAUUUAGUGGGAGUUAUUGGUGCUCAUCACCUCUGAAAAACAAGCUAUUAAUCUGUAGUAGUCUUUACUGAAGUCAGUGGGAGCUCUGGGUGCUCAGCAAGUGCUCAUUUCCUCUUCGAAUUUGGCCUCAGGCUAGAGGAAGAAGCUUACAUCAUGUACAUCCUUCUGUGAAAACUGCUAUUCCCUCAGUGAUCACACCCUGCAGAGGACUGGAGAAACCCCCAUCUCUCUACUGAACAGUCCUCUACAUCCUCCUGAUUUAAAUCCUUGUACAGAGAGGACAAUGCAGAUGAAGAUGAUAUUUAUAAUUGGAGAGUGGUACUAAAAUCAGAACUUGCUGAUGCCAGCUGUGCUAAUUUCACUCUCUUUGGAAGAUGGCAUUUCAUUUAGGUACUUUCUGACAUACAGAGUGCAAUAGGUCUGAGCAAAGAGCUACUGCCUCCAUCAAGAGGAGCAGGGUCUGGGCCAUGGUGGGGAGGAGAGAGCAGGUUUAGUUCCCUGGAGUGUCUUUCCUUUCCCUGUGAUUUGGAGCAAGUGUCAGGUACAAUCACUGCACUGUGAGUGGAAACACUGAAGAAGUGAAUGAUUGAGGAGUUUUGUGUAAGGAAAAAGAAAGGAGGAAAUAGUCUUCAUCAUUUGAGUGUGGUUGAUCUGCAGCUUGUUAACAGUACACUGCAGACUAAAGACAUUUCUUAAAAAAACAACAAAACUGCUCUCUUAUCACCCCUGGUCAUUACUCCAGGCAGCACCAGGCCAGUCACACUGGAUGCAUUUCUUUUUUCUUCCUUAUUCUGUGUGGCUGACAGGAUGGAAAAAGUGGGACUGAUGAUCCAGAGCUGGAGUUUCCUUAUCCACGGACCUUUUCUGCAUCAUCUGCCUCUUCAGCUGGACAUAUGAAUGAUGAUGAUGUAGAUGCUGCUGCUACUGUGAGGGGUUCAACUGUUUGAUUCCCCUGCCUGACCGCACCCCAGUCUCAAGGGACAGCUGAAGGAGCGCCAUGUACAGAAUCACAUCUAUUUCUGCUUUGUUUUCUGACUCAAAACCCUGCCCCCUCGAUGACUACGACAACAACAACAAAAAAAGGGCAAAUGCAUUUUUUUUACAUUUCUUGAUAAUUUUCAAAGCAAUGUAUCAUUGCUUUCUUUAGACUGAUGCCAAUAUAACAGUUGUAUGGGUCUCAGCCAGGCUCCUGUGUCUUUUCUGACUGCUAGUUUCAGAUUGCUGUGUGAAAUGUAUGCAUGUUUGCACACAGACACAAUCCCACAAGGUGAUAGACUCACAAGCCAGUCAGGUUGCUAACAUGCUUUUUACAUGCAGUUGGAGGCCUCUUGCUUCUUACAUACAGAUGAAAAAACUAAUCAGCAAACCACAGAAUGAAUGAAGCAGCCACUUUGGACAGAACUGAAUAAUAUAAUAUAUAUCCACAAUACAGCCUUGACUGUCCAAGUGUCAUGUGGGACACUGAGUAAGAAGUUCGGAAAUCAAGGGAUUUUAAAGUAAUUAACAUCUACCAGAGAACCUGCAUCUACUUCAGAUAGUUGUGCGUUUUGAUAGGUUCAGAUAAUCAAGAUUGUAGUGCAUAUAAAGAAAAUAUAAAGAAAGUCCAGGCAAAAGAUCUAAAUCACUUCUCACUAAUGCCAGUCUAAACCAGGUAUAAUUCAUUUGAAGCUAAUGAGGCAAUACUGAUAUCACCCCGGUGUGAAAUCAGAAUCAGGCCCAGAAAAUUUAUUUUUUCCUUCCUUUAUUUUCUUCCCUGAAGGAGCCCGACUAUAAAUUUUGCAUAAACCAGAGCUGUCUAGGUUUUUCAUUUUUAUUUUAAUAUCUGAUUUUAGUUGGCUUCAUAAGAUUAAUUAAAAAUAGGAAUUAAUUUAGCAGCCCAGGGAUCAAAACGGUUCUUAUCAGAAGUUCAGUCCCAAGAGAGACCCUCUGCUGCCGCUUUGUUUCUCAGGAUCUCACAGUAAAAGCCGUGUGGCCUCCCUGCUCCAGCAGGCCUGACAUGGGGGCCGCUGAGAAGGGCUGCAGAGCAAUGAAGUGCGUGGUGCACCACUAAAACCAGACAGGUCUCUAACUUAAUAUAAAGAGGUCUGUGGUAUCACACUGGGAUGAAAGUCUCUCCUGAUAUUAAAAUCAGCGUCCUGUUCAAAGCCCCUAUUCUCCCCACCUUGUAGAGACUUUGCUUAAGACGAGCAUAAAGAACAGCCCCUCUUUAGAAGUGAGCAGUACUGUCUAAAGGGCUACCCCAAAAAAUGCAUCUUCAAUAAGCAAACUGCUGUAGGCAUUUAUCUACUUCAGCAUUAUGAAUGACUUCACAGGAGGCAAAAAUCAAUAGCUCACAAUCUCAUCACAUUCUCAAACUGUUGUUUCUUUAUUCCAUCUCAUUCAGACAACCUGCUUUCAUUGAAGUCCAUCACAUUCUCCAGCCACUGCUUUCACUUGGUCCAGGAGCAAACUGGCUGGGUCAUAGGCCAAAUGCUAUGCUACACGCACAGACAUGCCGCCUUCCUAGAGCAGAUGCCCCCCAACCUUCAAACAACCUCCUUCCUAUGCAGUAACCUUCCCAACCAUCUUCCCCUACUUAGUACAGAGCCUACCUGCCACUAGUCUUCUCAUCCAUAUGAUGGAUGUCCUGAAUUGUUGUCCAGCCAGGCAAAAUGUAAUCUAUUUCCCAGAGAGAAUCCGGGGCCAGUUUGCUCCUGGCUCAGUCAGUUAGACUAGUUUUCAGUACUCCUUAAAACCUCUCAUGCCAUGACCGCUCAUGGAAUUGACAGAUGCAGGGGUGUCCAGUCCAGCUAUGACCAUUUGAAUGGGGGAAGAUCUCAAAUAACUAAAAGUGAGAUUUUGAAUAUCACAUUACAAACUGCUUCAUCGCUCAAGAGAGAUACUUUUAAAACUGCCUUAACAAAUGAAUUCAAAAUGAGGGAGUCUCCCUCCAAAUGAGUGACACAUGGCAACAAGGGAAAAGCCAUUUUGGGGGUGAAAUCUGGCUGGAAGUGGCUGGAAUCCAGCUCAGUUCCAGAGGCGAAAACAUAGUUUAGGGCCUGAUCCUGUAGUACUUACUCAGGAUAAACUCCCCUUGACUUCAUUGAUUAAAGACUGCAAGAUCAGGACUUUACAAGGCAGAGGUGGGUAUUUUCUUGCCUGCAUCUGAUUAAUUUGGGGACUGAUCCUGCAAGGUGCUAAGCACAUGUAUUUCCCAUUUGCUUCCGUGGAAGAUUUGGUUGCUCAGCAUCUCUCAGGUUCAGCACUUGAUCAUUUCCUGCUCAGACCAUCAGCUAUAAAUGUUGACAAAUGUAAAGUGUUUUGCCUUCAUUUUAAUUGCCCAGUGUGUUAAAUGAACUGUCCUAGGUGUAUGCCACCCCAGAUGUAAGUCUCCUCUCCCACAUUUCUCUCCACCCCAGAUGUCCCUACCAUCUUCACUGAAGCCCUUCCCAGUACUAGUUCUUUACCACAUCCCACAAUUUUAUACCCAGGUUUCAUGAAACCACAGAAAUGCUUUUGUAAAUAAUGCUGUACAGUUUGUAACUGUAAGUGUACGCCUGUCAUCGGUGCCAGAGUCCGGCUUGCCCUCUCGCACGUUUUAAAAAUCAACGACGAAAAGUUAGAGCGAAUGGCCCACAAGUGAGCGAUAGGGUCAUCUCUGUGUGGGACAAAUGUAUAUUCCUGUAAGAUUGCAUUUUUAUCUAAGGAAUGAUGUUAUUUUAAAAAAUUGCUAAUAAAUUUCUAAACAAUG